CAAAGAAGUACCAAUCACUACGAAAAGGAUCACUCUAAAUAUCUAGAUAUCUAUAGCCGGAGGAAAAACUAAAAAAACAAGGGAAGUGCGUGAAAGUUCGAGUGCGUGAGAGGCUAAAUUAAGGUUCAUCGAAAGAGGAAUCUCGCGUGACUCGGCCUAUCCGCCCGUCUCGAUGAGAUUCGAACAAGACACAGCGUGCAGGGGUACCCACUGCGCCAGCACUCCGCAACCCUCCGCGCUGCAGCAGCGAUCACGGCCCGAGGAGGUGGUGGAGGAGGAGCCCGUGGACUCCUCCGUGAAGGACAUCGAGGGCCAGCGACGUAGACGAGAAUUGGAGGCUAACGUGGUCGAGGGUGCAAACACGGGGCCGAGGGCCGAGGCGGGGGGGCCUGGGAUGGCGUACCCCGCGUCAGCGACGGCUCUGAAUCAGCACUCGGCCUUCGCCACCUCGAUCGCUGGAACCCCAUCCAGCAAUCCGAACGGGCAUAUAUCCGGCGGCCACCUGCCAGCGCCAGCCGCGCCAAGACCGACGGAUUUCAGCGUAUUUGCCACGACGCAUCCACCGAUAUUAGGUGGCUCGUCGUCGCAGGGGAGCGGCUCACCGCCACCUGGAGGACCAGGAAGCCCGGCGGCAGCGCCGGAAACGCCGCCACCUUUGCCAAGUCAGAGGGAAUUGUCGCAUCCGUCCUCGGCGGUGGCUGCGGCGAGUUACUUCAGCGCUGCCGCGCUGGCCGCGGCUGGGUUUUACAAUCCGGCGGCACAUCUGCCGGCUACUAGCUCGCCUGGACCGACGGCACAUCAUCUUCAGGGAAAAGGGAUUCUCAGCGGUGCGCAUCAUCAUCCACAUCUGAACCCGCACGGCCUCACGCCGCCAGGUCUAGGCCUAGGUCCUCACACACCAGAGGAAGCAGCCGUCCUGGCGGCCGCGGCGGCAGCAUUGCACCACCAUCAUCAGGGUGGUCCCGGUGGGCCUGCAAUGAGACCACUCAGGCCUCCCUUACCACCGGGGAUGCUGCACACCUCGCCACACCCUUUGGCACCGCACCACCCUCUCGCUGGCCCUCACCAUCCUCUCGUACCUCCUCAUCACCCAGAGGAGGACGGUGUCGUCGACGAUCCAAAGGUAACUCUCGAGGGCAAGGAGCUCUGGGAGAAGUUCCACAAGCUGGGCACGGAAAUGGUUAUCACGAAGAGUGGCCGGCAGAUGUUCCCUCAGAUGAAGUUCCGAGUUUCCGGGCUGGACGCAAAGGCCAAGUACAUCCUCCUGCUGGACAUCGUCGCGGCGGACGACUACCGAUACAAGUUCCACAACAGCAGGUGGAUGGUAGCGGGGAAGGCCGACCCGGAGAUGCCGAAGAGGAUGUACAUUCAUCCGGAUUCACCGAGCAGCGGUGAGCAAUGGAUGCAGAAGGUCGUGAGCUUCCACAAGCUCAAGCUCACUAACAACAUCAGCGACAAGCACGGCUUUGUAAGUACUACGAUAUUGAACUCGAUGCACAAGUACCAGCCGAGGUUUCACCUGGUGCGAGCCAACGACAUCUUGAAGCUUCCCUACUCGACGUUCAGGAGUUACGUUUUCAAGGAGACGGAAUUCAUCGCGGUGACCGCCUAUCAGAACGAGAAGAUCACCCAGCUGAAGAUCGAUAACAACCCGUUCGCGAAGGGAUUUCGGGACACUGGUGCGGGGAAGCGCGAGAAAAAAAGGCAGGCGCUGUUGACAGUGUCAGGAGGCGGUUCUCGUCUGACAGCAGGUGGUCCAGCAUCUCCUGAGAAGCGUCGCUCCUCGAACUCCGUCAACGACCUCCUGGACGACGAUGACAAGCUGCUGGACGUCGUGGGACCGGACACCCCUCACCCAGCUCAUCAUCAGCGCGAACGCGAACACUCUCGCGAGAGGGACGAUAGAACGAGCGAGAGAGGCGAGGGUAGCGAGUCCUCUGGUUCAGAGAGCGGUGGAGGAGCUGGUCCAACGGGCUCAGAGGGUCCCAGACCUGACGUGUCUGUAGGCCCGCCGCUUCAUCCGCCCCUGCUACCAUACCUCUACCCCCCGGUACCAGGUCUCUACCCAGGUCCAGGCCCUCUGAUACCACCCAGUCCCCUGGGUAUCCAUGGUGGAGUGACACCAGGCAUGCUGUUCAACGCUCAACUAGCUCUAGCAGCGUCUCAGCACCCUGCCCUGUUCGCACACUACCCCCAUCCCUUGGCCAGUCCCUUGCACCAGCUGAAAGGACAUCGAUUCGCACCGUACACUCUACCCGCUCCAUCCUCGAUCGAGAACAUGGUGAACGGACUGCAAGAGAAGAGGAGGCGCAGCCCAAGCUUGACGCCCGGCGGGCACAGGGGCGAAGCGGACGCUGGCGGAGGGAGUCCGUGA